CUGCGCACCACCACGCACACGAGGACGUGUGCGCAAUGAUCGCCGUUGAACUUCACCACCUAUGCCAAACCCUAGAGUCAUUUGGAUAUCGCUACAGUAGCCGACCAUAACGCAGUAUGUGCUUAACCACACGCGUGGCAGGAUGAUUUGGGAUUAAACACCAACAAGUGGAAAUUGGUUCUCUGUUCCUUCACUGGGGCUCUGAUCAGUACUGACACAUGGAUUUGGUCAGAUCGGCUUAAUGUGGUGAGGGGCAUUCGGUUGAUAUCCCACCCAGCGACAUAUGGACUGUGGGCGCAGAAUUGAAGCUAUCGACCCGCCGCUUCGCCACAGCGCGUCCUCGGUGGGGCUGGAGCGGACAGAGACGGGGACACUGAGGAAUGCGGAGCCGGGAUUUAGUCUUUGCCAGCUCACCUGCGGAACUCUUCGCAGCGCACACCAAACCGACCCACGUAGCCGGUGAGCCCGCGGGGCGCCAUGCUCAGACAGAUCCUCCUCAACUCCACCGACACCCCGGACUUCGACUUGGUGCUCAUGGCCCAGUCGUCCACGCACGCCCCCGCCUCCUUGAACGCCUCCCACGGCGGCUCGGUGAGCGUGGCCGCACUCCUGAGACCCACCACGGGGCGGGGGGGAGGGCUCCGCGAUGGAGAGUUCCACAAACCGGACCUGAUCACCUACAUAGUCAUGUGCCUGCUGCUGUUCCUGAUGGUGCUGUUCAUUGUAUUCUUCAUCAACUGUCAGCUCCGGAACUCUUUCUUCGCCUCCAUGCCAUAUGACAGGUCGCUGAGAGAGGCCCGGACAUCCUACAAGUAGGCGAGAACCCUGGGACUCUGGGUCUUUACUGAGACUCUGGUGGGGGUUAAGAACUCACUGACCCCUGAACUUCUGCUGCACGUACUGUACACAUGAAGUUGUUGCCUUUAUCAUGUCUCUUGGACACAUUGGCCUAAAUAGGCCAUCCAACAACAAGACCUUACAUGGCUGGUCAGGGCCUAAAUUAUGCCAAAAGUUCUUUCACUUUCAGCCCCCAUCCCAAAAAAAACAGCACUUCAGACCAUGGGGUGCAAUUUGAGAAGAUGAGAGGUGUGUGGGGGGCCUACUGCGGAUGGGAAGAUAACAGUAGAGGAUGUGAAACUCCUGAUCAAAUUAGUGACUCAUACAUUUUCUGGUAAUUAAAGAACAAAAUGUAAAACCAUCCAUCAUUUCCCAUCAAUCCUGGCAGUGCACUUUGGAAAAAAAAUCUUAAUUCCUUACAGUGUACUCCCAAGCUUUAUUAACGCAGCUAGUUGCUUACAAAUUUGCCCUGGCACCUGGGGGUUUAUGUCCAGAUUCAUAGUUUUCAUUUCACACUGGCCUUGACAAGACGAAUCUGUUUUUUUUCUUUUUCUGUGGAAACGUGACUUAUGUCAACGUAGAAAGGGUCUACGGUGGUUUGUAUAUAAAAUAUUUUGUAUAACUGUAACUUAACUGUAUGUCUUGUGAAAUGAUGCAAUCAACACACAAAUUUCCACCCUUUUGUCCAUUGUAAAAUGAUAAUUAAAUGGCAGA